AUGGCCACGCUCCGGGUGCAGCCUGAAGCCCAAGCCAAGGUAGAUGUGUUCCGUGAAGACCUGUGUACCAAGACAGAGAACCUGCUCGGGAGCUACUUCCCCAAGAAGAUUUCUGAGUUGGAUGCAUUUCUAAAGGAGCCAGCUCUCAAUGAAGCCAACCUGAGCGAUCUGAAGGCUCCAUUGGACAUUCCUGUGCCUGACCCAGAGAAGGAGAAGGAGAAGGAGGAGCGGAAGAAACAGCAGCAGGAGAAGGAAGACAAGGAUGAAAAGAAGAAAGAGGAUGAAGACAAAGGUCCUCCCUGUGGCCCCGUGAACUGCAACGAGAAGAUCGUGACCCUCCUACAGCGCCUAAAGCCUGAGAUCAAGGAUGUCAUUGAGCAGCUCAACCUGGUCACCACCUGGUUGCAGCUGCAGAUACCUCGGAUUGAGGACGGAAACAAUUUUGGAGUGGCUGUCCAGGAGAAGGUGUUUGAGCUGAUGACUGCCCUUCACACCAAGCUGGAAGGAUUCCACACUCAAAUCGCCAAGUAUUUCUCAGAACGGGGUGAUGCCGUGGCCAAAGCAGCCAAGCAGCCCCACGUGGGCGAUUACAGGCAGCUGGUGCAUGAGCUGGACGAAGCAGAGUACCGGGACAUCCGGCUGAUGGUCAUGGAGAUCCGAAACGCUUAUGCUGUGUUGUAUGAUAUCAUUCUGAAGAACUUUGAGAAGCUCAAGAAGCCCAGGGGAGAAACAAAGGGAAUGAUCUAUUGA